GUCCACAACGUCCUCAGUGCGACACCGGAGCCAGGUUCUUGCUCGUUCCUUUCGCCAGCAUGUCUUGACACGCACGCUGACUCAUUUGACUUCAAUUCCUCCGUCUCCUUUUGAAGUCCAGCCCACAUUGUAUUCAUGGCAGGACUACAUACACGAAAUACCCCCAGAAACAACAACAGAACGACCUGAAAUUGAAUACGGCCCUCGUUUUCGUACUGUCUGUGUUCGUGGGGUCCCCGAGAAUUGCUCUGUCACCAGGCUUCUCGACGAAAUCAAGUUCGGUCCCAUCGAGCGCGUAAAGGCCGAAGACGACCGUGUUCUGCUUCAGUUCUUCAAUACUCGCGCUGCCUCGAGAUGUAUCAAAGAGUUGAAGACGAGGUUGAGAUACGGGAUGAGCUGCGAGAUGGAUCCGUUUGUGUCGCCUCCGCUUCUUGCUACCACUGUCGCACAUUUGGGACUGCACAAUGCCUCUCGAGCAGUGAAUGUGCGUUAUGAUGUCUAUCUCAGGCGGAACAAGGAGCCGCCGACAGAGGAAUCAUGCAGGGAAGCACUGUCGGCGUACGGAGAAAUAGAGUCUGUGCGGUUCGUCGAGAAAACGCGUAUUGGGGGGCCAUCCCACGGUCUCAUAUUGCGGUAUUUAGACGUGGAAUCCUCUAUCAAGGCCCUUGCAGCUCUCCAGAAAGGCCUGCCAGGAUUCGAAGAAAGCAGCACAUCAAGCACUUACGUGCCAGAUUCGUCGACAUAUUGGGUUCCAGAAUGGUAUACACCCACACGGGGACAGAACCGCCCUAGCACUGUCGUUCUGAGUGACGUUCAGGACAUGGCUCCGGUCAUGCCAGCGAUACGGAAGGCCUUGCGCAAGCUAGGAUCACCCGCUAAAGCCUACGGAACCUUUACUUUGAUCAAUUCCUUUUGCAUCCAAUUCGUGUCUCCCGGCUAUGCGAACGACUUUCGAGAACUGUUUCGCCCAGACGCGGAGCAACUGGGCAUCCAUACAAAGUUGAAGAACAGCAACGACUUGGGACAUCCCACUCCUCACCAUGGUCUUCUCACCGCAAUAGACCUCGGAAUGACUUCUGUGCUGUAUCUGAAAACCAGGGAGCCUCUCUCGAAUCAUAACGUGUGGCUGCUGAGAGAAAUGUCGCCGGGCGCAUGGGUACAUAGAAUAAUAGACGGUUUGAUCGUCAAUUUUCCCAAUGUCUCCUAUGCCAUGCAGUUUCUUCUACUCCUGGAAUCUGGGAAUCAUGGGUUUGAAGGACUGGAAGGUGUUCCUGUUACGUUCUUUGGCGGCCUUAAUAUCACACCUGUUCCCAUCGCCACACCUCAAAAAGGGAGCGACGGACGGAGGGUGAUGUCGACACGUAGGCGGGCCACGCAAGCUCUAGGUUUGAAUGUAUGAUUAGCAGUUCCAUCUCGUUCGCCGGCAAGCCGGAGUUUUGAUGAUAGUCGACGGUCAUCCUGGCAGCAUCCUAAGCCCACCCGUAGCUGCUCCAUUCCUGAGAUGUUCAUAGUAACUCAUACCAGACUGAAUGAGGAUUAAAUAAUAAAGCAGGCUACAGCGGCGCAGACGAGAGGAGAAAAAAAAAUGCAACUUUUCCCGGUCCG